CAUACACACACAACAGCAAACAAAGGGUCUGGACACCCCUGUCCCCUCCCUCCCCUCAGGCCGGAGAGGGCGGGGCAUCCCCUCCCCAGCCCCUCUGCAAGAGAUAUAUGUUGAGCACCUACUGUACGCCAGCAUUGUCCUAGAAGGGGAGCGCCAGCUAGAGACAGAACAGAUCCACAUCCUGACUUCACCCUCUAAUCAAAGGACCGACAACUGCUGAUAAAAACAGGACCCUGUAGCGAUUAUCAUUCCAUUUCACAGAGGAGAAACUGAGGCUCAGAGAGUAUGUCAUUGACCCAUGGCCACACAGCAAUAAUUCGCAGCACCUGGGUGCGAAGGUGAAGUGAACCAGCCUCCCCCUCCACCAGGCUUUCAGGAGGCGCUGGCCCGGGCGGACAUGACUCCCGCAGCCCCAACGGCGCGCUAGGUUGGCGGGAUGAAGAGGAGUCGCAGUGUCCUGUCGGUGGCCGGGACCGGGGACGAGAGGCCUUGGGAGACUCCCGAGCCCACCAGUGCCAACAUGCUGGGGGCCGACCUCCGACGCCCUCGCCGUCGUCUUUCCACGGGUCCCGGCCUAGGCUGGGCCGAGACUGAGCCCUCAGAGCCUGGGGUCCCACUGCCACCAAGGCCCACCACGCUGCCACUGCUGGUCCCUCCACGGAUUUCCAUCACCAAAGCUGGCAGCUUCGAGGCAGAGAAUGGGCCCACACCAUCUCCUGGCCGCAGCCCCCUGGACUCGCAGGCGAGCCCGGGCCUCGUGCUGCAUGCUGGGGCCGCUGCCAGCCAGCGCCGGGAGUCCUUCCUGUACCGUUCGGACAGCGACUACGACAUGUCCCCCAAAACUAUGUCCCGGAACUCGUCAGUCACCAGCGAGGCGCACGCUGAGGACCUCAUUGUGACACCUUUUGCCCAGGUGCUGGCCAGUCUCCGGAGUGUUCGCAGCAACUUCUCACUCCUGACCAAUGUGCCCAUUCCCAGCAACAAACGGUCCCCGUUGGGCGGCCCAACCCCCGUCUGCAAGGCCACGCUGUCAGAAGAGACAUGUCAGCAGUUGGCCCGGGAGACAUUGGAGGAGCUGGACUGGUGUCUCGAACAGCUGGAGACCAUGCAGACCUACCGCUCCGUGAGCGAGAUGGCCUCUCACAAGUUCAAGAGGAUGUUAAACCGUGAACUCACACACCUGUCAGAGAUGAGCAGGUCAGGAAACCAGGUCUCUGAGUACAUCUCCACCACAUUCCUGGACAAGCAGAAUGAAGUGGAGAUUCCAUCACCCACAAUGAAGGAUCGAGAAAAACAGCCAGCCCCGCGGCAGAGACCCUCCCAGCAGCCCCCGCCUCCCGGGCCGCAGUUCCAGCCCAUGUCUCAGAUCACAGGGGUGAAGAAGUUGAGGCACAGCAGCAGCCUGAAUGAUUCCAGCAUCCCCCGCUUUGGGGUGAAGACUGACCAAGAGGAGCUCCUGGCCCAAGAACUGGAGAACUUGAACAAGUGGGGUCUGAACAUCUUUUGUGUAUCAGAAUAUGCCGGAGGCCGUUCCCUCAGCUGCAUCAUGUACACGAUAUUUCAGGAGCGGGACCUGCUAAGGAAGUUCCGCAUCCCAGUGGACACCAUGGUGACGUAUAUGCUGACCCUGGAGGACCACUACCACCCUGAUGUGGCCUACCACAACAGCUUGCACGCGGCUGACGUGCUGCAGUCCACGCACGUGCUGCUGGCCACACCCGCGCUCGAUGCUGUGUUCACGGACCUGGAGAUUCUUGCCGCGCUCUUCGCGGCUGCCAUUCAUGACGUGGACCACCCUGGGGUCUCCAACCAGUUCCUCAUCAACACCAAUUCGGAGCUGGCGCUCAUGUACAACGACGAGUCGGUGCUGGAAAACCACCACCUGGCCGUGGGCUUCAAGCUGCUGCAGGAAGACAACUGCGACAUCUUCCAGAACCUCAGCAAGCGACAGCGGCAGAGCCUGCGCAAGAUGGUCAUCGACAUGGUGCUGGCCACGGACAUGUCCAAACACAUGACCCUCCUGGCAGACCUGAAGACCAUGGUGGAGACCAAGAAAGUGACCAGCUCAGGGGUCCUCCUGCUGGACAACUACUCCGACCGCAUCCAGGUCCUUCGGAACAUGGUGCACUGUGCGGACCUCAGCAACCCCACCAAGCCACUGGAGCUGUACCGCCAGUGGACAGACCGCAUCAUGGCCGAGUUCUUCCAGCAGGGCGACCGGGAGCGGGAGCGGGGCAUGGAGAUCAGCCCCAUGUGCGACAAGCACACAGCCUCAGUGGAGAAGUCUCAGGUGGGUUUCAUCGACUAUAUUGUACACCCGCUGUGGGAGACGUGGGCUGACCUGGUCCACCCAGAUGCCCAGGAGAUCCUGGACACGUUGGAGGACAACCGGGACUGGUACUACAGCGCCAUCCGGCAGAGCCCUUCACCACCGCCCGAGGAGGAGCCCAGAGGGCCAGGCCACCCACCCCCACCAGAUAAGUUCCAGUUUGAGCUGACGCUGGAGGAGGAAGAGGAGGAGGAGGUGUCUACCGCCCCAGGUGCAUCUGAAGUGCGGGACUUGUCCGUAGCCCAGCGUCCAUCCCCCGCUGAGGAGCUGUCGGACGUGGAUGGCCAGGCCGUGCCCACAGCUGUGAAGGGAAAGGAACCACGCUUCACACAGCAAGCCGACUCAGCAGAUAGUGUGGCCGCGGGCCAGGACGAGUCCGUGUCCGCAGAUGCCUCCGUGGAGGCUGGGGGCCGCAGCAGCCCCCUGGCCCUGUCUGCUGAGAGCCCUCCUCUGCCUGCCUUGAGGACCCCACCCCCUCCAGAGGAAGCCCCGGGCCUUCCGGGCCUCCCCUCCAUGGCGGCCGAGGUGGGGGCCCAAAAAGAGCAUCAGGCUGCCAAGAGGGCAUGCAGUGCCUGCACAGGAACAUCUGGCGAGGACCCCCCCACACUCCCAGCUCCUGGUGGGUGGGAGUCAGCUGGAGGUCCUACCUGAGCCCCAGCCCCUACGCCAUGUUGCUCUCCCCGCCUCCCUCCACCACCAUCACCCCCCCACCACCUCCUCCACUGCCUCAAAGACUCUUGGGCCUCCUGAGAAAAAAGAAAACAGAAAAGUGGGUUUUUUUCUCUUUUCUUUUUUUCCUCUUUCCCCCCACCCCCACCCAUGGGGCCUCUUUUUGGAGGUGGGGGCUGGGGAACAAGGGGUGGAGGUCCUGGAAGGGAUUUUAUUUUUGGAAUUUUAAUUGUUACAUUUUUAGAAAAAGAAAAAAAAAAAAAAAACCAGGAUAAAACACAGCCACUGUAGACACUCCUGUUCCGGACUAAACCCCUCGUGUCCCUCCCGGCCCACCUCCCCUGCCCCAGGUCCCAGGCUCAGUCUUCCUGCCUCCUAGGGCUCCCCGCCUGGGCCCAAGCAGGCAUCAUGCCUCCUUCCCUCCCUCCCUCCAGGCUUUUCUUCUGAAUUUUGGAGGGUCUCUGGAACCCAACCAGGAAUAGCCAUUCUGGGCGGGGGCUAUGGGGGGCUGUUACCGGGGGAGGCCCGGCUCCAGCCCGUCUCCGGCUCAUGGCCCACCACCACCCCCAGAAGUCUUCCGCCUCAUUUUGCACAAACCUGGCAAUACUAUCUUGGGGGACAGGGACGGGGCCGGGAGCUGUGCGCCUUCAGAUGUAGCAGAGGGGAGGUGUUGGAGGGACAUUCACGCCACUAACCUGGGGUCUGAGGUUCGAGGAGGGCCUGAUCCCCCCUCCGCUUGCCAUCCCCUUGCCGUUCCACUUUGGGUUCUGUUUGAAUUUUCUCCAUUUAGGAGGGAGAUGGCUCUGAACCACACCCCUCCUUCCAGCUGCUUCUCCUCUUGUUUCUGCCUUAAUUAUUCCUAUGGCCGUAGGAGAGGGGUUUGCAGUGGCUCCCACCUGCACCUUGGGUGGGGUGGGGCCAGGCCCAGAGCCCCAAUCCUGGGCAUCCCCCCCCAGCAUCCUCCUGACCCCCUUUCAUGACCCUUUGCCCUAGGAGGAAGCAAUAACAGUGUGCACCCACAUCCCCUUUCUGGGCAGCCCUCUCCCACCCUGGCACCAACCAAAGUCAUUUCUCCUUUGCCCCCACCUGGCCACGCCUCGCCCUCACCCCUUAGCUAUUCCUGGAGCAAUACGACAGACAGAUGCAAGGCCACUUUUCUCCAAGCCAUGGGGGACUGUUUGGAAGGAAAGACCCCCCCCUCCCCCUCCUUUACGCCCUUCGGCCCAGUUCUGCAGCUGGGCAAGGCAGGGCCUCUCUCUCAUUCCCCUACCCCCAAUUCUGAGCACACGGUACUGUAGCCCCCAGCUGCCCCCAGCCUUCCAUCUGUCUGUCCAUCCCUGUGGGGGUACCUCCCACUCCCACCCCCAUGAUGCUGUACAGGGUUCAUUUUUGUAGAGAAAUUAGUUUCUGUCCCAGCCAAUGACUGGAGUGGGACUUCUUUUGGUUUUCUUUAUUUUCUCUUUCUUUCCUUUCUUUUUUUUCUUUUUUUUUUUUUUUGUACAUAUUGUAUGGUUGGUUUGUAAAUUAUUCUACAGAGGCAAAAAGGGAAAAUAAACUUGCCCUUCCCCAGCUGACCCGGUCAGGGGAAGGAGGGGUGGGGUCUCCCAGAGAGAGUCCCCAUUCCCACUGUAUUAUACAAACUGUACCAUAGAUCCCAAAAGGGUGGAUUCCAUGCUGCCGCUCGAUGGGAAGUCGUGUCAUUGUAGGGGGCGAGGGCUGAGCAGAGCCUGCCCCUUCCCCCUUACCCAGGUGUGACUGGUGAGAUGGAACCCCACCCCCCAAUCAGGGCUCCUCUCCCCAGGGGGGGGCGCAGGACCCCCUGAGCUGCUCUUGUGUUGUCCACUUUGAGGAUCCAUCAGUUGGUCGGUCUGUUGAUCGAUAAUCAAUCCUUCAAUCUUGUCUCCAAUUAAACCAAGGCUUUCACUGAUCUUCCUGGCUUAUGUGACU